AUGCCCGCCAACGGAGUGUGCAGCGUUGGGUUGGAGGUGAUCGAGGAUACGGCCACGUAUGCUAGCGGAUCGGAUAGUGCUGGCGUGUCGGAGGACGAGGAUGUCCAGCAGCUGUUCGUCAAUGGGACGCACCGGGUGUCGAGUGUGACACCGGUGAAGAAGGUGGACUCGCGCAUCAGCAAGCAAUCCCUCGGGGAUGAGAGCAGAUCGGGUGUGUCCGAUCGACGGUAUGCGAGUCUCCCGAGUCGGGAUCAGCAUCAGCAAUUUUUGACCGAAUUCCUCACGGAGGUGCUCAAUUCGGCCGUCUUCAAUGCAACGGAUCGCGCCAAUAAGGUCCUUAAUUGGGUUGAUCCCGAGGAGCUGAAGAGGACCCUCGAUUUGGCGCUUAAGGAUGAGCCGGAUACGCACGAGAAGCUGCUUGAGUUGACGCGGGCCACGAUCGCGCACUCAGUCAAAACCGGGCAUCCUUACUUCAUGAACCAACUGUUCUCGUCCGUGGAUCCUUACGGAUUCGCUGGCCAGGUGCUGACGGAUGCGCUCAACCCCAGUGUCUACACGUACGAGGUGUCGCCCGUGUUCGUGCUGAUGGAGGAGGUCGUACUGCGGGAAAUGCGCUCGAUUGUCGGCUACCCCGGUGGUGAGGGUGAUGGAAUUUUCGCCCCCGGUGGUUCGAUGGCCAACGGGUACGCAAUUAGCUGCGCUCGGUACAAGUUCAUGCCGGACAUCAAGGCAAAGGGAUUGCAUGCCCUUCCCCGGUUGGUCAUCUUCACCUCGGAAGAUGCACACUACUCCGUGAAGAAACUGGCCUCGUUCAUGGGUAUCGGCUCGGACAACGUGUACCCCAUCAAGACGGAUGAUGUAGGCAAGAUUCGUGUCGAACAUUUGGAAAGUGAAAUCUUGCGUGCCAAAGCGGAAGGAGCCUUACCGUUCAUGGUGUCAGCCACGGCAGGAACCACAGUAAUUGGUGCCUUCGACCCGUUGGAGCAGAUAGCCGACUUGUGCGUCAAGUACAACCUCUGGCUGCACGUCGAUGCGGCCUGGGGCGGUGGUGCACUGAUGUCGAAGAAGUACCGCACCUUGCUGAAGGGAAUCGAAAGGUCCGAUUCGGUUACGUGGAAUCCACACAAACUGCUGGCGGCCCCGCAGCAAUGUUCCACGCUGCUGACCCGCCACCGGAACAUCCUGUCCGAGUGCCACUCCACCAACGCGACGUACCUGUUCCAGAAGGACAAGUUCUACGAUACCCGGUACGACACCGGCGACAAACACAUCCAGUGUGGCCGGCGUGCGGAUGUGCUCAAGUUCUGGUUCAUGUGGCGCGCCAAGGGAACCGCCGGUUUCGAGCAGCACAUCGACAAGGUGUUCGAGAAUGCGGAACACUUUACGAGCAGUAUUAAAGCGCGACCCGGAUUCGAGAUGGUCAUCGAGAACCCCGAGUGCACGAACGUGUGCUUCUGGUACGUUCCGCCGGGUCUGCGCAGCGUGCCACGUGAUUCAGCCGAAUUCCGGGAGCGGUUGCAUAAGGUAGCACCGAAGGUGAAGGAGCGCAUGAUGAAGGAAGGAUCAAUGAUGAUCACCUACCAACCGAUCCACGACAAGCCGAACUUCUUCCGGCUUGUGCUGCAAAAUUCGUCGCUAGACAAGUCGGACAUGAACUACAUCAUCGAUGAAAUCGAGCGAUUGGGCAAGGAUUUGUAAGCGGACACCAGAGAGUGGGACACAGUACAAUCCUUGUUGUUGCAUGUUGCUUAAAUUAUUUUCCUUCUUCGUCGCGUACAGUUGUAUUUAUUGAAAGCAUUCGUUACUAGCUUCUAAAUUAACAGGAGAUACUGAAAAAAAUCCACAAAUCACCCUUAUCGAAGAUAAUAAGAAAAAAAUAAAUAAUGGCAAAGGACUACAUCCGUCGUGCGCUUGUACAUGACGGUGGUAAAGUUAUAAGAAAAGCAAGAGGUAGAAUAUCAUCGAUUUCCAAGGAUACGAUGUUGUUCGCUUAAGAUUACUUAUUUGUGCUAUAUUGUAAGCAUGUUCUAAU